AUGAGCAAUACCGACUUCUUGGGCCGUGCCAUCGAUGUGGUCAAGAAGGCCAUUGAGCAGGACACGGCGGGCGAGUACGAGAAGGCCUACCAACUCUACUACCAAUCCCUCGAACUGUUCAUGCUCGCCCUGAAAUGGGAGAAGAACGCAAAGUCCAAGGAGAUGAUCCGCGCAAAGGCCGCCGAAUACAUGGAAAGAGCUGAGAAACUUAAGAACCAUCUGGCCGAGCAAGACACGGAUCGGAAGAAACCCAGUGCUAUAGGCUCCAACGGAAAGACUUCGAAUGGUGCCGCCAAGGGAAAGGAAGACGAGGGAGACGACCAAGACCCCGAGUCCAAGAAGCUGCGAGGUGCCCUCGCCGGUGCUAUUCUGACCGACAAGCCCAACAUCAAGUGGGAGGAUGUCGCCGGUCUAGAGCAAGCCAAGGAAGCCCUAAAAGAGGCCGUCAUCCUGCCCAUCAAGUUUCCUCACCUGUUCACCGGCAAGCGUCAGCCUUGGAAGGGUAUCCUGCUCUACGGACCCCCCGGAACGGGUAAAUCGUACCUUGCCAAAGCCGUUGCCACCGAGGCCAACAGCACUUUCUUCAGUGUGAGCAGUAGUGAUCUGGUCAGCAAGUGGAUGGGUGAGAGUGAACGUCUCGUAAAGCAACUGUUCGGCAUGGCACGAGAAAACAAACCAUCAAUCAUCUUCAUUGACGAGAUUGAUGCACUUUGUGGACCCAGAGGUGAAGGUGAAUCAGAAGCCUCGAGACGUAUCAAGACGGAACUUUUGGUGCAAAUGGAUGGUGUUGGGCGUGAUUCCAAGGGCGUCCUCAUCCUCGGCGCAACCAACAUCCCAUGGCAACUCGACUCUGCCAUCCGAAGACGAUUCCAACGCAGAGUGCACAUCAGCUUGCCCGAUGUCCCGGCUAGAACACGCAUGUUCGAGCUUGCAGUAGGAUCAACACCAUGCGAGAUGAAGGCAGAAGAUUUCCGAACUCUGGCGCAACUCAGCGAAGGCUACUCUGGAAGUGAUAUCACGAUUGCGGUACAAGAUGCUUUGAUGCAGCCUGUGCGGAAGAUCCAGACGGCAACUCACUACAAGAAGGUUACAGUUGGCGGGCAAGAAAAGCUCACGCCGUGCUCACCGGGCGACCAGGGGGCGACAGAGAUGACGUGGAUGGACGUCGAAACGGAUCAGCUCCUGGAGCCGCCACUCAUGGUCAAGGACUUUGUCAAGGCAAUCAAGGCUUCGAGACCUACAGUCAGUCAAGAGGACCUCAAGCACAAUGCCGAGUGGACGGCAGAGUUUGGUAGCGAGGGUGCUUAG